CCUCAUCGGCUCUUCCCGUCCGGCCCCCUCGCCCGGCCGCCCCGGGCCCGGGCCCGGCCAGGGAGCCCCCAGGCCGCGGCUCGGGGGCCGCCCCCCCGCCCCGCUCCCAGCGCAGCCUGGCGGAGGCGGUGCCGUCGGAGGAGGAGGAGCAGGGCACUGCGGCUGGCCCCGGAUCGGGCGCCAGAGCGGCAGCGGCUUCGGCAGCGGCGGCGGCCCGAGCCAAUGCAGCGGGACGGACCACCCCGAGCCCCAGCCCCGGCGCCCCGGCUCCCCGCGCCCCCGAUCGGGGGCGCCGCCAGCAGUGGCGGCGGCGGAGGCGGGGGCAGCGGCGGUGGCGGAGGCGCCUCUGCAGCUCCGGCUCCUCCUGGCCUCUCGGGAACUACAAGUCCCAGGGGGCCUGGCGGCGGGCGGCGGGCGGAAGAGGUGGGGUCGGCGCCGCGAGGCCGGAAGUGGACGUGGAGGCGGAAGUGGCGCGGCCGCGGAGGGGCCUGGAGCACGGCGGCGGGACCCGGAGCGGGAGCAGCGACGGCGGCGGCGGCUGGAGGUGGCGGCGGCGCACUGGAGGCGGCCAUGGCAAAGCAGUACGACUCGGUGGAAUGCCCCUUUUGUGAUGAGGUGUCCAAAUAUGAGAAGCUCGCUAAAAUCGGCCAAGGCACCUUCGGGGAGGUGUUUAAGGCAAAGCAUCGCAAGACCGGCCAAAAAGUGGCUCUGAAGAAGGUACUGAUGGAGAAUGAGAAGGAGGGGUUCCCCAUUACAGCCUUGCGGGAAAUCAAGAUCCUCCAGCUUCUAAAACACGAGAAUGUGGUCAACUUGAUUGAGAUCUGUCGAACCAAAGACCUACCAAGUGUGACUGCUUUCUGUGGCCCUUUCAUCAGAGCAGGUGCCUCCUCGGGGCCUGCCGCAGUACCCAGUCCAGAGAAGGUGCUCAGAAAAUAUUUUACCGUGAAGGAAUUCGCACCUGGAUAUCCAGGGGUCCAUAGGUUGGAGAGGGUAGGAGCUGCUUGUGGGAAAAUCCUGCACAGGGAUAUGAAGGCGGCUAAUGUGCUCAUCACCCGCGAUGGAGUUCUGAAGCUGGCAGACUUUGGGCUGGCCCGGGCCUUCAGCCUGGCCAAGAACAGCCAGCCCAACCGCUACACCAACCGUGUGGUGACGCUCUGGUACCGGCCCCCGGAGCUGUUGCUCGGGGAGCGGGACUACGGCCCCCCCAUUGACCUGUGGGGCGCUGGGUGCAUCAUGGCAGAGAUGUGGACCCGCAGCCCUAUCAUGCAGGGCAACACAGAGCAGCACCAGCUUGCCCUCAUCAGCCAGCUCUGUGGCUCCAUCACUCCUGAGGUGUGGCCAAAUGUGGACAAGUACGAGCUGUUUGAGAAACUGGACCUGGUCAAGGGCCAGAAGCGGAAGGUGAAGGACAGGCUGAAGGCCUAUGUGCGUGACCCCUACGCACUGGACCUCAUCGACAAGUUGCUGGUGCUGGAUCCCGCCCAGCGCAUCGACAGUGAUGACGCCCUGAACCACGACUUCUUCUGGUCCGACCCCAUGCCCUCGGACCUCAAGGGCAUGCUCUCCACCCACCUGACGUCCAUGUUUGAGUACCUAGCACCACCGCGCCGGAAGGGCAGCCAGAUCACCCAGCAGUCCACCAACCAGAGCCGCAAUCCCGCCGCCACCAACCAGACGGAGUUUGAACGCGUCUUCUGAGGGCCGGCCGCUGCUGCUUCUCAUUAGGGCCGUUGUUUUAUUUUUCCUUCUGCUCUGUGACUUGUGUUGUGGAGAUUUGGGGGCAUUUGAGUUUUUUCUCUAGUGCAUAUUUUAUUUAAUCCCCACCCUGGGCAUCAGGAACCAGCCGAGCAGACUGGAGCAGAGCUUUGGCUGAGAGUCCGGGAAGGCACUUGGGCUGCCUCACUUCGUUCCCUGGCUUUUGGGGUGAUGCCCAGAGGGUCUCCAUUUACCUUAGGACAGGAGUGAGAUGGGAGGAAAGGCGCACCCCACCGGUGACUUUCUAAGAGAUCCCAGCAUGCUGGGAGGAGGGGACAGGUCCCUCACCCAUCCCCAGCCCUUCUCACGGGAUGAGAAGCUGGCGUGGGGGACAGAACCAGCCUUGGGAAUGGGCUGCUCUUGGCCUAACCCUCAGAAGCUCUGGGGCUGGCAGAAACUCUUGGUUUCUUCAAUAGGACAAUUUUAUCGUGUUUGUUCAGUUGUUCAGAGACAUUCCUGGAUGCAGAUUGGUCAGUAACAAUUAAAGUUGACUCUUUUUCAGUAAA